CCGCCGAAGCCAGUGAAUGGUGGGAGCAGGAGGCGCGGGUGGGUUCGCUCAGACCUCGAUAUUGGCGCGGACCUAUAAAGCCUUAGCUCGGCCUCAGCUCCUCCUCCAAACUACGUCUCAGCAUCUCCUCCCUCACCCCCCACUCCUCAAUGAUCAUGACCUCAAGCCACCACCACGACGUCGACGCUGAGAAGCAACGGUACUCGAGCGAACUCGCCGCCUACACGCGCAGGCAGUGGGACAUGGCUCGCCGCUCACUCGAACUCAACCAGUCAAGACAAAACGGCGUCCAGUCCAACGGCGCGCCGUCCGCGCACUCGUCGACGGACUCGCAAUCAGCUAGCAGUCGCGGCUCCCAAGGUUAGAAUCC